GAACAUAUCUGUCCUUUUUCCUCAUAUCUCUCUCUCUAGAUUUUCUCUCUCCUUAGAUAUCAUAUUUUUCGAUAUCGCGAAAAGGUUAAUAAUAAACCAAAAAUAAAUAAAGUGAAAAAAAAAACCAGUCUUAAACCCAAGUGUCUCUUUUUCUCCUUCAGGAGGCGACAACGACUCUCACACCACAAACAAGCCACAGACAAACCUUCAUACCGAUCAAACGCCAAAAACUUUCUCUCAACAUAUUAUUCAAAUUCAUCGCACGAAAUUUCGCUAUUUCUAGUUCUUUAUUUAUGAAAACUUAAACGUCUUUGUCCAUUCCUGAUUUCUUGGAGAUUUUUCUUGAGAUGGAAUCUGUUAAGCCUUCAGCCGUGACGCCACGGAAGAGUAAAUUGUCUCGAACUCUUUCAAAGGUUCUUCGUGUAAAAUCAAUGACUGGAAUUGCACAAGUUGAGGGACUGCAGAAUGUUAAAGUUGACGAAGGAAAUAUGACACAUAGUGAAGAGGAUGAAGAGCUUGAGAAAAAACUGGUUGUGGAAGCUUUGGUUUCGAGAGUUUUUGCUAGCAUUUCGACUAUAAAAGCUUCAUAUGCUCAGCUACAAUAUGCUCAAUCGCCUUAUGACCCUGAUGGAAUUCAAGAUGCUGAUAAACUACUAGUCUCGGAAUUGAAAACCUUAUCUGAACUAAAGCAAUGUUGGUUCAGAAAACAAUUUCAUUUUGAUCCUUCGCCAGAGGGGGCGAUUGUUGCAGCCGAAUCAAAAGAGCUUAAGAGUGUUAUAAAAACCUAUAAGAUAAUGGGAAAGAAGUUUGAAUCGCAAACACGGCUUAAAGACUCUGAGAUCAUGUUUCUUAAAGAGAAGUUAGACGAGGCAAAUAAACAAAACAAGUCAAUUGAGAAGAGGUUAAAUCAAAAUAGUUCAUUAUCUUCUCUUGAUAAUCUUCACAUCUCAGGACUAAGUCCUACACAUUUUAUAUCCGUUCUUCGCCACACGGUUAAAUCAAUCAGAAGCUUUGUCAAGUUGUUGGUGAAUGAAAUGAGAUCUGCCGGUUGGGAUAUCGAUGCAUCAGUGAAUGCUAUUGUCGGAGAGAAUGUUAUUUAUUUGAAAGAAGAUCACAAGUGUUAUGCAAUCGAGUCUUUUGUUUGUAGGGAGAUGUUCGAUUCUUUCAACUUUCCUAAUUACAAUCUCCGUCCUACCGAGUUUCUUCCCGAUAGAAAGAAAACACAGUUUUUCUUUUCGAAUUUCAACGAGUUAAAAUCCGCGAAAGCAGAAGAGUUUCUCGGUUCAAAACCAAAAUCAGCUUUUGCAAAGUUUUGCAGGGCGAAAUACUUAAGACUAGUUCACCCUCAAAUGGAGGCAUCGUUUUUGGGUGACACGAAGCUGAGAAUCAACAUGGUGAACGGAGGAGAAUUUCCCGAUAACAACAACUUGUUCACAUCAUUUGCUGAAAUGGCGAAAAGGGUAUGGCUGUUGCAUUGCUUAGCCUUUUCUUUUGAACCUGAAGCUGAAACCUUUCAAGUAGGGAAAGGAUGUAGAUUCUCUGAUGUUUACAUGGAGAGUGUUGUGAAUGUGAAUGAUGAUGAAGUAGCAAUAUCAGUGGAAUGUGAGCCACAAGUUGGUUUCACUGUGGUUCCAGGUUUUAAGAUAGGUAAAACUGUUAUACAGUGCCAAGUUUACCUCUCACAGCUAUUACAGCAAAAAGCUCAAGUUAAAGAAAGUGUUAGUUCCAUGAAGCAAAGGUAGCAGGAGCAACUGGUGUGAAUUGAAUUUGAAUGGAUUGAUAAGUAAAUGGGUCCAUGUGAUGGGAAGUUUAUUGAAUGAGGGCGGUGUGGAUAGAAAGACAAUACUCCUAAUCUCGUAAUGAUAGAUUUGCAUCUGAAUCACAUCUCGUGCGUCAGAAAUAUAUAUAAUUAUUUAUGUAAAUUGUGAAGUGAGUAGCUAGGUGGAGGAAACGUAUUUGUCAAUGUUAAUGGUCGAGCGUUGCACCCACAUCCAUGCCACUUAAUUGGAUUUCAAUUAAUAUAAUACUGUUAUUUUAUACUUUUUAAU